ACGUAGAAACAGGCCGACCAAGAAGUACGGUAGUGUUUCGUGAUCUUUGGACCUUUUUAAUGGAGCACGGUAGCUGGCGUUAUACAACAUCAUUAUUUCGCUAGCUACCCAAAUACUCCCCAACCGCCAGUCCUCUCUUGAGUUUGUCCUCGCGACCAAACAGUUGGUACCCAGGCUGCGACGUCACAUUGUUUGUCUGCGUUUGUGCGCAUGUGCGCGUUAGCAUGGGGAGUGUCUGUUACUGACCGACCUGAUAAGGUGGCCCUGCCCGUUCAACAAACUAAUAUCACACUGUCGAGGUGUAGCCUCAGUUAGUCCGACUAAACAAUAUAACGUUACAUGCAACUGUGCGGAGGAGCUGACAACUGACUGAGGGAACAUGUGGCUGCCCAUGCUUGGAAUGACUGCUCUGCCCCACCUGGGAGGGCUCUACGGGGGUUACAUCACACGCAAAGAGGUGAAGACCUGGUACCUGACCCUGCAGAAACCAUCAUGGCGUCCACCAAAUGCAGCAUUCCCCAUAGUCUGGACCUGUCUGUAUACAGGAAUGGGGUAUGGAUCCUACCUGGUGUGGAAGGAGCUGGGAGGUUUUACUGAGGAUGCACUGGUUCCACUGGGACUUUAUGGGCUGCAGCUAGCUCUCAACUGGGCCUGGACUCCGAUCUUCUUUCGUGCACACAAGCUGAAAUUGGCACUCAUGGAAAUUGUGCUUCUUACUGGGGUUGUUGGAGCCACCAUGGUGUCUUGGCAUCCCAUCAGCCGCACUGCCACACUUCUGAUGGCGCCCUACCUGACCUGGCUGUGCCUCGCCACCGCUCUCAACUACUGCAUAUGGAGAGACAACCGUGAGAAGACAGAGUAGGAGACAGGUGGUGCUGCCACAGUAUGGCUAGCAGACGUGUUUGUUUACAGUCAUCUGCAGCAUAUUAAGGAAGGAUAAGACAACCUGCCUCUGAUCGGUCAUUGUUUUGUUACUCAAAUUCAAGAGAUCCCUGCUAAAAAAAAAAAAAAGUGCAUUGUUCAAAGCUCUUACUCAUUUGCAAGUAAAUCAGUUUUUUCAAUAUCCAUAUUGUACACACAAAAAGCCAUAUUGUUCAGGUUACCUGUUUAAACUGAAGUGAAUGAGAAAAACCUUGUCAUAUGGGUUUAUAAAUGAAGUUCUUGGUGUGUUUAGAAUAAAGUGUAAAACUGCAUUUAUUUGCUUUUUCUAAAUAGUCUCAUUUUGUGUGUGCAUUUAUUACAAAGAGUCCUGUGUUAUAGUAACUGCUGGAACUCAAUUUAUAAUAAAGAUCUCGAUCUAA